AUGAUUCUUAAAAGACAAGAUGCGGAUAGACCUCACAGAUGACGCAUCUGCCGGAAACUCGCAAGAUCUCGCCCAAGACGAAGCGUCCGACCUACUAGGGCCCGCUCCCAAGAAGGCGAGGGUGUGUCGUACUGCGUGGCUGUGGCGGUGUCAGCCCUUCUACCUCAACGCGAUAGUCGACUACGGGCGCGAUGGGGAGGAGAACGAGGGCUGCUUGAGCAUUCGGGACGUUGUCGAUGGGCCCGUGCAAGAGGUGCGUUGGUUGGCAGAUGGUGCCUGAAUGAGCCUCUGGGCGUUGCUGCAAUGGGCUCCUUGAUGUGUUGUCCUUUUGCAGAUGUUGCUCACCAGCACGAGAUUUGACCUGGUCGGUGAGAUGAGAGAGAACAGGCAGUCAGCGCACACUGGUUCUGUUCCUCCUUGUGUCAGCCGUGGCUGGUGGAUGAGUGUCCCGUGAUGAAGACAAUCCGGCGCAUCGCCGUACUCACCGGCGACCCACGGACAGACGACCCGCAGGACCAGCCCAGCAAAGGUGACUGAGCCCAGCAAAUCUGCAUGCCACUUCUGUGUGGGUGCAUGCGGUGUGUGGAUGUGAAUGUGGUCAGAGGAGAGGCUCCGGUUGCUUGUGGAGGCGGCGAAUGAUCUAUCGUCGUAUGGGCCGGCCGUGACGGUAGAGGCGGUGCCGCUGACCGAUCAGCAUGGCCGGUUCCAUCCCAAGCUGAUUUUCCUGACGUAUGCGGACCGCAUCCGCGUGUGCAUCUCGUCAGCCAACUUCACGCACAGCGACUGGUUGGCAGAGAGGAGACGAAGAGGCCCGUGUGUGGGUGAAACGGUCACCUGUGUGUGUUGUGUGUGUAGGUGGAGGAAGAACCAGAUCAUCAAUGUGCAGGACUUCCCCCGCAAGCUGCAGCAGGGCAGCCAGCCGUCGACAGACAUGGAAGGUGAGGCUGACUGAUGGAAUGCGGCCAUCCCCAUGUGUAUUCAACGCUGUGUGUUCAGAUCAGCUGGCGGCUUUCCUUCGUGCAACCACCAAGGCGGGUGGCUGGUGUGACAAAAUUCGCCAGUUCGACUACUCGACCGCCAUUGGCAAGAUAGUCGCGUCUGUGCCGGUGAGCCACACAGAGAGGGCGGGGUCAUGACCGCACUCAUCCAACACGUGCUGCUGUGUCACACGCAGGGCAGCCACGCGGGCUCGGAUGUCCAUCGGUGGGGCCACAUGCGGAUGCGCCGCCUGCUCAGUGGCCAGCCAGGCCCCAAGGGCCUGGAAGAGUGAGCAGACUGCAUGGCGACUGCACCACUAUGAUGUCCGGCCGCUUUGUGACGGAUAUCUAUUGUGUGUGCACGUAUUUUGUUUAUGUCGUGCGUCUGUCAGCCACGCUGUGGUGUGUCAAGUGGCGUUGCUCGACAGUCUCGAGGAAAACUGGAUAGAGGAGUUCAUCGGUCGGUCACCACACACAACUACAGCUCCAGCUCUGCAUGUGUGUGUGUGUGUAUCCAUCCAUCCGACUCAUCCCGUUUUUUGUUGCCUUCUGACUUGUGAUUGUAGGUAGUUUGUGCGAGUGCCCAUCCCACCCUGAGCUGGAGGCAGCCACUUACCUGGCGGCUCAUCCUCCCGACCAUAGACGAGGUGAGCUCAUGCGCACCAAAGAGAUGAACGUGUGAAGACUCACUCUCAGUGUGUCGUCGCUUUGCGUGCAGGUGCGGACCUCGCUGGAGGGAUGGGCGGCGGACAAGUAAGCAUAGGAUAAAUCUGGUCUACACUGAACACAUAUCACGUCACAUGGAUGUCUGGUUCUACCCUCUUAGGGAAGUGCAAGUCAUGGAGGAGCGUCUGAUGAUCGCCGACAUGAGGGUCGGUACGACGACGCCACUCCCAGAGGGCCUCCUGCACAGAUGGGGCCUCCACAAAGCCAACGGCGAGCGGGCAUGCUGCGGCGCCGCCAUCCCCCAUCCGCCGGACAGGACGUCGGCGUCUCCCCACCUCGACACGUUCCUCAAGUGAGUGAGUCGCACACAUGUAGCCAAUGUGUGUGUGUAUGUCGCUGUUGUGUUUUAGGUAUGGCCGUCGGUCGGGUGACGUCAGCAAGCGCCGGGAGGUGGCGUGGAUAUAUGUCGGCAGCCACAACUUCAGCAAAGUGAGUGAGCCAACAGCCAAUACGGCAUACGUCGUCUCUCUCGCACUAUCCUGUUGUGUGAUGUGUGUGACACAAAUGCAGGCGGCGUAGGGUGAGCUGCAGAGCAACCACUCCAAGCUGUUCAUCCGGUCAUACGAGCUGGGCAUCUUCAUCUCGCCACACACACUCCGUGGCCUCACCCCGCCCCAACCACACACCACCCCACACACACAGCCGGCCGGCGCAUCGUCUUCCAGUGGCAGCAGCAGUGCCGCCACUCCGAUGCGGUCAUUCG